GAAGUAACAACCGUAAGUACAGUAUCAAUUAUACAAGCUAUCUUUCUGCAGAAACGAAGGUAUGUAAUUAAUAUUCAAUAUAACUUCAUUACCGAAGAGAUGCUAAUAAAAUCAGUCGCUAAUUUAAUCUUUUUUUUUGUAAUGAGACUUAAUGUCGGUAAUAGAAUCGCUCUUGAAAAGUACUUCCUACAAGGUUUAAUUGUGUGCCUAUAUGUAUAAUAUGUACAAAUAUGAUAUGUGGUGAUACAACGCAUGGUGAUAUAACACGUGACUUAUAAUAGAAUUAUAAGCGAUAGAAUUACAAUGUGUAGUAAUACAAUAUGUGGAAUUAUAAGGCAUGUAGUUACAAUGUUUAGUUACAACGCGUAGAAUUGUAAGGCAUGGAAUUGCGACACGUGACAAUAUAAGACGUGGAAUUAUAACGCGUGGAAUUACAACGCGUGAAAUUACAGCAUAUAGAAUUGUAACGCAUGGCAUUGCGACGCGUGACAAUAUAAGACAUGAAAUUAUAACGCGUGGAACUACAACGCAUGGAGUUACAGUAUAGAAUUGUAACAUAUGGCUAUAUGUAAAAGCUUUAUAUUUUCUUCGUAUCAGUUACUUCACGUAACCGUCUAGAAUUCAUAUAUUGCCUCGGUGCGCAGAAGCUAGAUCCACCGGAGUUUAUCAGGAACAGUUGCCGAUGCACCAUGCAGAAAUAGUCGAGGCAGCAUCCCGAAGUACAUCGUUUAUCUUCAACAUCUGUUGUCGGGGACAUUUUUAUUUGAAAAAUAAACAUGUGCAGUUUCUGUUAUCCAUAAUUUUAAAUAAAAGCUACACGCAUCGCAAGAUUUAAAAUAUUUAAACAAUCGUUAAAUCCAUCUCUAUUCACAGCUUCUGCUAAAAUUACAAACGUGUCUCACGCUAUUAUAAACAAGUGAUAAAAAUAUAAUAAGUAUUUUCUAAAAUGAAAUACCAUAUGCAAGCAUUCAAACGCUUGUACCAUUGUUCAAAUGAUUUUAUUAACAGUGCAAAGUUAGUAAUAAAAAAUGUAAUAAAGUAAAUAGGUUUAAGUGAAACUCUAAAUUGAACAUUUAACGAAGACAUCACAAAAUGUUCUAAACAGAAAUGUACAGAAUUAUGCGCGAGUGAAAUCAUAAACUCAUUUCCGAGAUCUGCAAUAAAAGAUGGACUUCUUUAUCAAGCUUUGAAGGCGCCGCGAGAAUUUGGCAGCACUCCAGCGCAGUUUUUCAUAGAGCGUUAAAUAAACUUCGAGCUUCUGUUCGCGGCAUGAAAUUCGUUCAUCGCUCGAAGACACCGCAAAUGGCCUAACCACUUAUACCGAACGAGAAUGAAAAAACAAACAGCGGUUGAAAAAUCGGUGGAUCUGUUCCGUGAAUUUAAAACAAUGUUAUAAAAGCGUAACCUGUUGCAAGAAUGGUAAAACGUGAACAAGCAUUAAAAUUCCUGCUCGUAUAAAAUUCAUUCUUCAUACAAAGAUUCAUGAUUUCCUCACAAUUGACAUUGAAAUUGACUAUGAAAUUAUCGUACUAUCUCUUCGUUAAAAACAUCGUACCCUCUCCAUAUUUUACGCAAAACAAAUAUAAUCAAGUCUAUAAUGAAAAACAGAAACCCUAAGACAACGAACUAUAAUCUGCUAAAACAAAAUAUUUUUAACUGCAACACGUCAUCGCGAAUGCAUCCUGCGUUUCAACUAUAAAAACCGAUGAAUCUUUCUGUUUGAGAGCGUCUCCCGAAAAUGGCUCACGCACAAAGAGAUCUCGUGGAAUUCAACUUGACGGAGAACGUGUUACGUAGCGUCCAAUUAUAUUACACCCCCAUGUUGGUUUACUUCGGCUCUCUAGGAAAUUGUCUUUCGAUGACAGUGUUUUUCGGUACGAAACUGUGUCAAAAUUCAUCGAGUAUCUAUCUUGGUGCAUUAGCGAUCAGCGAUACUGGCUUCCUCGUGUCCGUCUUCGUGGUCUGGUUGAACCUGGUGGAGGUUGGUUUGUUCAAUCAGCCAGGCUUCUGUCAGUUUUUCAUUUACCUGACUACCCUUUGCAGCUUCAUGAGCGUUUGGCUCGUAGUAGCGUUCACUAUCGAGAGGUUUAUAGCCGUGCAAUAUCCGUUGUAUCGUCAGUCAAUGUGCACGGUGGCCCGGGCAAAAGCGGCGGUCUUCAUGCUGACCACGCUGGGUGUCUUUUUGUGCAGUCCGGUUCUAUGGUUCUCGGCACCGCGACCACAGUACGGCAAAAACGGUAACGUGACCGAGUGCCAUUUAGCAGAGGGGUUCGAAUCCUGGGCCAUCGUUUACAACGUCAUCGACACGGUGCUGACUUUCGCGAUACCCUUUACCGUGAUCAUUAUUUUGAACGUGUUGAUUGCACGGGCUAUCUAUAGGCAUAUCAAAAUUAGAAAAUCGCUAACCAACGAGCCGCAUAUCUUGAAGGAGAAACAACCGCACGCGCAGAGCUUCCGGAACAAUCUGGCGCAGACCAAAAUCACCAAGAUGCUUCUCGUCGUCUCCAGCGCUUUCCUGUGCUUUAAUCUUCCGGCGUACGUCUUGAGGAUUUACGCUUUCUUACAUUUUCAGAACGAGAGCAAUCUGACCCAGACCAGAACACUGGAGCUGGCGCAACAGGUUUCCAAUUUGCUGUUCAAUACCAACUUUGGAAUUAACUUUAUUCUGUACUGCGCGACGGGCCAGAAUUUUCGAACGGCGAUACGGUGUAUGUUUCUGAAGCGUUUUCGCAGGAAAAACGCGACGCAGGUAGCGACUCAUGGAAUGCAGAAUGUUCCCAAUUUUGUGCGACCAAGUACGACAGCCACGGUACAACGUCAUGGUAGUGCGUUCACUCAACAAUGGGAAGAUUUCCAUGAGCUACAUGUUAUCCCUGAGUAAAACUUUACGACUAAGAUACAACAUAAUUGCAAUUAUGUUAUGAUGUUUCCAAACCACUUGGUAAUGUUGACACUAAUAAUAAAGAUCUGGAGCCGUUCCAAAUAAAAAUCCUAGUUACGCCAAUGAAGUGAACAUG